GCUAGCGGUAGGAGCAGCUUCGCCGCGGAGCUGGCGGAGGCGGCGCGGAUGGUGAGAGGAGCCGCCCGGCAGCGCCUGCCCCGCACUGGCCCGGCCUCCAGAACAACAGGCCUGGUGGAGAAGCCUUCUCGCAAACGGAAAUCCAGGACUGAAUUUGCCCUAAAAGAAAUCAUGUCAUCUGGAGGAGCUGAAGAUGAUAUCCCUCAGGGAGAGAGGAAAACAGUCACCGACUUUUGUUACCUACUGGAUAAAUCUAAACAGCUCUUCAAUGGCUUAAGAGAUUUGCCUCAGUAUGGGCAGAAGCAGUGGCAGUCCUAUUUUGGGCGAACCUUUGAUGUUUACACUAAACUCUGGAAAUUUCAACAGCAGCAUAGACAAGUACUGGACAAUCGAUAUGGAUUGAAGCGGUGGCAGAUUGGGGAAAUUGCCUCCAAGAUUGGGCAGCUCUACUACCAUUAUUACCUGCGGACAUCUGAAACCAGCUAUCUGAAUGAAGCCUUCUCCUUUUAUUCAGCAAUUCGACAAAGAUCAUAUUACUCCCAAGUCAAUAAAGAGGACAGGCCUGAACUGGUGGUUAAGAAGCUGCGUUAUUAUGCAAGGUUUAUAGUGGUUUGUCUUUUGCUCAACAAAAUGGAUGUUGUGAAGGACCUCGUAAAGGAAUUAUCUGAUGAAAUUGAAGAUUACACUCACCGCUUUAACACUGAGGACCAGGUGGAGUGGAACCUGGUUCUUCAAGAGGUGGCGGCUUUUGUUGAGGCAGAUCCUGUGAUGGUUUUAAAUGAUGACAAUACCAUCGUAAUCACCUCCAACAGACUGUCUGAAACAGGGGCCCCAUUGCUGGAGCAGGGAAUGAUCGUGGGACAGCUCACUCUUGCAGAUGCAUUAAUUAUUGGGAAUUGCAAUAACCAGGUAAAGUUCAGUGAAUUAACGGUUGACAUGUUCCGAAUGUUGCAAGCACUGGAAAGGGAACCAAUGAACUUGGCUUCACAAAUGAACAAACCUGGAAUGCAGGAGUCGACUGAGAAACCUGCUAGGCGGGAAAAUCCCCAUAAGUACUUGCUGUAUAAACCUACCUUCAGCCAGCUAUAUACGUUCUUAGCAGCAGCGUUUAAGGAGCUGCCUGCGAACAGUGUGCUGCUGAUCUACUUGUCGGCCACUGGCGUGUUUCCCUCAGGUCGUUCGGAUAGUGAAGGUCCAUAUGAUUUUGGUGGGGUCCUUACGAACAGUAACCGGGACAUUAUAAAUGGCGAUGCUGUCCACAAACGGAACCAAUCUUACAAGGAGAUGCACUGCCUUCACCCUGGUGAUCUCUACCCUUUCACAAGAAAGCCCCUAUUUAUCAUUGUGGACUCCUCAAACAGCGUUGCCUAUAAGAAUUUCACAAACUUAUUUGGACAGCCACUGGUGUGCUUGCUUUCUCCAACAGCGUAUCCAAAAGCAUUACAAGAUCAGUCUCAGCGGGGUAGCCUCUUCACCCUCUUUCUGAACAAUCCUUUAAUGGCAUUCCUAUUUGUCUCUGGAUUAUCAAGCAUGCGCAGAGGAUUGUGGGAGAAGUGUCAAGAUUACCUUAGAAAAAUCAACCGGGAUAUCGCCCAGCUGCUGACCCAUUCUCGCUCCAUAGAUCAGGCCUUUCUUCAGUUUUUUGGGGAUGAAUUUCUUCGCUUACUUCUAACAAGAUUCGUCUUCUGCUCAGCCACCAUGAGGAUGCACAAAAUUUUCCGGCAGGAAACUCGAAAUUACCCUGAAACUUAUCCCCAACUGCCAAGAGAUGAAACCGUGGAGAACCCUCAUCUCCAAAAACACAUUCUGGAGCUGGCUUCCAUCCUGGAUGUUAGAAAUGUGUUCGUGGAAAACACCAUUGAUGACUAUUAAAAGAAAUACUUUUACUGCAAUAGGGUUUCCCUAGCCACAGACUUUGAAUGGUGCAGUUUUCUAAUGUGAAAAUCCACAAAAGGAGUUACUUGAUUUUAUUUUAAAAUUUAGGAUUUUUUUUUUUUAAAUAGCUGUUAGCCCAGCUGCCCCAUUCUGUAUGGGGUCAAUUUUAUAAACAAAUCUUUUCACAUCUUUUAAAUGUUAAACUAAGGAAUCCCUGGAGUUCUGUUUUUUGUUUUUGUGGUUGAAAGCAACCACAUCUAGAUCCUAAGCAUAAAAGUAUUAUUGGUCAAUUUUAGCCCGCUUUAUGGAAAUCCUUUAUUUUUAUACAGUUUUAAAAAAUUGGAAGCAAAAACCCAAUAGAAAACCAAUACUUUAUCUCCGAAGAGUUUGGAUUUGAAAUGGUAAAGCUGGAAACACAUCAUGCAAACCGGCAAGAGCAAUAAAAGAAACAGCCCUUCAUAACACAUAUAUUUUUUUUCAAUCUUAGGUGAGUAAUUAGACAAACUUGUGCUAGAACAAAUGGCAGUUGGAUCCGUGGGUUUGGAGUGAUGCUACAGAUGGAUCUCCUAACAUCUAGUGUUCCAUGUAAAUUAGUAAUUUAAAUCUUCUACUGAGCAGUACUGCUGGCCAAGAACACAAGUCCCAUCCUGCCUGCUUGGGUGUAGAUAGCAGGCUGGUGGCACAUAUUACAAAAUUAAUCACGCUGGCCCCAUUUCCUCAGUAUAGUACAGUCUGCCCACCUCCAUAUCUUGGGUCAGAGCCACCACCCUUCUGCCUGAGGAUGCUGGUCCAUAACUCCUCUUGAGUCAGUCAGUAGAGCUGCUUAAUCACCACAGGGGGUGGAGGGUGUCUCCCUUCUUACCUUGUUGAGGGAAUGAAGUGAGUGGCUUCCACAAUAUUCUCAGCCCUUGGUGAGUCUCUGUCCAGAAAUCAGACCAGUCUCCCGUAGUAGUACUGAGUUCCAGCCCUUCCCAACAGAGAAACACCUGGCAGGACACCUCUUGGUGCUGCUGCUGUUGCCUGCUUUAACAAUGGGAUAAUCUUUCAUGGGAUCCUUGUGACCCUAGAACUGCUUUUUUCUUAUGUUAUAAUGAUUAAUAAGUGCUGCCACAGAACACCGCAGCCCUUCAUGCGUGUGGUGAGGGCCCAUCGCUCCACCCCACUCCCUCCUGUCUGCUCUGAGUCCUGCUCUGACAGCAUUUUUCAAAUGAGCCACAGGCAGGCUGAGCAGAGGGAAGGUGUGCGAGGCACAUAGUCAUCAACAAACCCCAAAACACAGCUAGUGGAGAUUGGUUCAUAGGUAUAUCAGCUUCUGCUGUGCCCCUUUAAUUGCACAAUAAUUCCACCCAGACCUAGACAACAUCCAGCAGGGCUCUAUAAAGUCUGCAUCAAGGAUCUGUACGAAAGCUAAGGUAGAGAAGGUGCUUGCUGGAGAAGUAGGAGGGUAAAGCUACCAAGGCAAUGCCCUCCUAGCUUCAGAACAAGCUCCAGGAGCUCUUGUACCCCUUGACAGAAAGGAGGCAUGGAGGGGGGGAGGGUGGAAGCUCUGGAACAGUAGAAGGAUUUGGCUUCUACAAAGCAAAUGUUCUAAAGACCUAAGCUAAUAGCCUGUAGACACUCAGCUUUGAGACUGGCUCCACUUCAGUUACUGGCAGUAAAAAAGCCAGCUUGUCCCAAAGCCAAGACUGAAGCACAACAAAUUUUUGUAGGCUCCAGUGUUUGGUUUUUAAAGAUCUGUAAAAUGAAUAGUGGGCUUUUAACUGAAAAUACUCAUUCUACCAAGAAGGUGUUCACUUUAAAUCCAGUGAAAGGCAAGUCUAUGGAGAUAUGGAUUGUAAUUUUUGUAUCUGAAAUUGCACAACAGAUUGUCAAAUGGCCUGAAAUGACAGGUCUAGAAAUAGUGGUAGCAAAGCAAACUGUGGUCAUCUUGUUUGUGUGAAUAUAAGGUGUAUGGUGCUGGAAAGGCUGCCUUUUGGCUUUUUGUUAUGCAUGGCUGUAUUGCUGUCUGAAGUGAAGGCCAGUGAGGUGCUCCCUGUACUGUAAUGCUGAAAACUCCAAUAGAGCAAGGACACCAUGCUGGACUCUGUUGUGUCCUUAGAGAAUGUAGUGUAUGGUACCAAUGUGGAAUGUUUCAAGCUGUUACAUGAAAGCUGUUUUGUUCUGUGUUCAUUGUUCGAAUGCUGGAAAAUGGGGAGGAGUUUGAGUAGCCCUUUAAUUUUGAGGUCUGGUCCAAUGUUUCAAUUUUUAAAAUGAGUUUGGUAGCUUACUUACCUUGGUGCCUACUUCAGUGGGCCUCUUCAGAAUCACACAGUGAUGUGACCAUCUUCUUAAGACAGACGGGACUAGCCAGGGCCUGAGGGUGCUCCAGGUCAGGACUGAUGCCCAUCACCACUGCUGUAGGAGAGUCCAGUGCAGAACAGUGUGGGUGUUAGAGUAGGCGGCAUGAGUGGCGCUUCCAAAGCACUCGCUAGCACUGUGCUGGGCUGUAGCCAAGUCCUUCACUCCCAUGGGCACUAAAAAUCAAUGGAACAUUAUGAGAAGAAUUCUUUCUUUGAGCAGUUGGGGAUGCAGUUCUCGUCUGUGGAGCUGUGGUUCUUUGGUCAACCUUCUUUAGCUGAGAUUGAGUUUAUUUUAAAAUAUGUAUAUACUCGGUGUUUGUGUUUAUGUACAGUACACACCCACCUACCUGUUGGGUGUGCUUGUAAAUAUGUAUAGAUAUUUGUAUAUAGGAAGGUCUUGAGAUAAGAUAUGUAUAUAUAAAAAUUAUAUAUACACACAGACACCAAUUGGAUUGCAUUCCAUGAGGGUGUGUUAGAAGCAUUCUUCAAGAUGCUGUAGCUGUUAAGUUUGCGGUUGCAUUACCAUUGUAAUCCUCUAUUUUCAGGGGCUUAUGUUUGAUAAAUGAAAUAAUUUGGGGCUAAAACUACAUGCAGCAGGCCUCAUCCAGUGAGCAAGGGGGUUUCUUUUACAACUGUAAAUAUUCCAAUUCACACUGAAAUGAUAAUUGUGUGAUGUGAACCAACAGAAUCCAGGAAAUGUGAAGCUUGAGGCUGAUUUGCCCUUUCCCAUGGGCACGAGGUCCCAAUCACACAAUGGAGUGUUUGCAUUAAAGUUUAGUUUUUUUUCUUUUGUCAUCACUUUCAUGGAGCAUCCUUUGUAUGCAGACACAUUGGGGAAGCCAUGUAGGAAUAUGGAAAUCUCUGUAGUCGCAGCACAAAGGAGAGAGCACAGCAUCCGUAUUAUCUUCCCCCUCCUGCACUUCAACAUUAAAUAAGCUAGCAGCUCAGUCCCAGGUCAUUGCACUGUGACCGUAUUGAAAUCCCAUGGUUAGGUUUGACUGUUGUGGUUCCAUUUCACUUCCCUGCAGCUGGGAAUAGCAUGUGCAUGAGCUUGGAAGAAAGGAUUCCAUUAGCAUGCCCUGUUUGUGUCCUGGUGAACCCUUGUGGAAUGUGGUUUGUGAGCUGAUGGGGAAGCCCUGAUGCUUGUCUUCUGCUCAGCUUGGAUGAAGAAGAGUCUCUGCUUAUGAUGCAUCUGUGUGACUUCUGUGUCUACAGAACCAAGUGAUGUAUUUGGUCCUGCUUCCCCAUUAGCUGGAGUUUGCAGUAGUCAGACAUGGACAUGCAGACAGGGACAUGCAGAGAGGGCUAGUAGGAGAGGCUUGUUUAGAAUCUGCAAAGAAUGAGAACGUUAAGUCAAAAUCCAAACAUGUCCUCAGCUCUGCCUGGAUCUAAAAAGUCAGAGAUGCACUUUUUAAAGGAGUCUCUCAUUCUCUUCUUGGCUAUCUAUCAUAUCUGGUUGGUCUUGUUCAGAAUACUUGCUAUUAAUCAAACUUGACAACAGGGGUUUUCAAAGAGUGAACUUCAUUUAUCUUGUUCUAACAGUUUGUCCCAUUCAGACUUACUUGAACUCAUCCAUUGUAAAUGGUGGAUUCUCUGUUACUUGGACUUCAGUAACUCAACCAGGGACUAAGGGGUCUAUUACAGG